AUGUCGUUUACUAGGGAAAUUGGGGCUCCCUUCACGCUGGCCUCGCUGCCACGCUCGAAGUCUUCUGGCGGAGGCCAUGCACAGUCGUCUAGUGUCUGCAGUAUUAGCGGCACAAAGAAGAGAAAGCGGACUGAAGUUGCUGUCGCACUGGAUGGAGAGGGUAUCUUCAUUUACAGCCUUCAAAAUCCGCAGCUCGCAACAUCCUAUGUGCUCCCACCCCAGACAGUCUUUACCUCGGCUCCAUACUCGAUAUACCGCAAAGGAUCGGCCAAGAGAUCAUCUCGUCGCUACACGUACGCAUUCGUCGCGCAGUCCACGCUGAGCGACAAACCCCAGUUGAUCUGCUUCGCCGAGGAGACGCGCAAGGACGCAACCAGACACACGGUCAAAACUACAUAUUCGCCGUCGGGUUCGGCGCGGAGUAUUAUAGCAAUCGACUCCAUUCCUGUGUCGCCUGGAGGUUCCGAGCGGGAAGGCUGUCAUGAUGUGCUGGCUGUUUUCGACAAUGGAGACGCUAUUUGUCUCUCAUCAGACCUCGAAGUCGUAAGAUGGGUCGCGAACUUUAGGUCCCUAGCCCAGGAUCUCAAGAAUAGUUUCGAAAUUGAGCAUGUCACUCUCAGCACGGCUAGAGCGGUAAUUCAUGGCUUCUUACGCAGUCGAGAAGACGUCGUAGCUAUUCUGAAUUCUUCCUCGGACGAUAAGUCAGACCUCUUGGAUCUCACCCAGGUUCUUUCCGUAAUCUUCCGCCAACCAAAUGGAGACAGGGCGUUGGGACUAUUCCAAAUAUCGCCGCGAUCUCCUGACCUUCCAACAAGCCAUAUUCCGCCGCUGAAGUACCUGAUGGCUUGGGAUCUGCCAUCUUCCCCCUCGGUGCCGAUAAUACACUCCGCCCGUCCGCAGUAUUCUCUUCACUCCAAUAGCGGGGCUCUCCAUCUUCUUGCAGAUAAUGCGCUUAUCUCUUACGACUUCUCCAGCGCGGUUCCGAAAGUUUACUCGCAGAUCGAUAUGCGGGCGUCACGUCCCGAUUCUUUCUUGCGUAUUUCGCAGGGCCUACUGCUCACUACGUCGCGGAAGUCCUGCCGGUUAUUGGAUGUUAAAUACAGCUCCAUCCAAGGCCAUCUCUCUCUAGAAGCAGAUUUAGACUCUUCCACGCAAGAGUCAAAGAAAAGAAAACAUGCAAAGCCAGAGCCGGUCGAGGAUGCGUACAUGGCACCGGUCUUCAUAUCUUAUCAUGCCGAUCUUGGACUGGCCGUAGCCAUCUGGAAGAACGAAGUCGUGGGCCUCCAAGUCCGAGAGACUACCGCGAGGAAACGAGUCAAAACGGACAAUACUCGUCUCAUCGAUUCCCUUGGUAAAGGAAUAGCCACAGGACCCAGCGCUGUGUCUACUGGCAAACGUGAGCAGCGGAAAUGGCAGGAGAAGGUUUCAAAGUUUGACAAGUGCGUACGGAAAGGAAAGAUCGCUACGUUCGAGGCGCUAUUCGCGGCGGACUUGGGAAUCGAAUCGGACACCUCUGCAGAGGAGGACGAGAGCAUCCGGCUGUCCACCCUGUUCAAUGGACCCCCAGACGCAGUUAUGACCAACGGAGUGAGCAAAGGUACGCCAAACUCGCAAGCUGUGGAAGGACAAAAAGCGAGUGAAGACUCCUCGGAGGACCGGCUACGCAAAUGGAGACUACCAAAGUCUAUCCCUGGAGCUCAGCAGCUAAGCUACCAGCAACAUGCUCGAUAUGCCUUGAGCAGGAUCUUCAGGUGGACCGACUCUCGAUCCUCUCGAGCCGGCUCGCGUGGCUCUCUCACGAUCGACUUCUUCCCACCGAAUGUCUUCCAGUGGCUGCUCCAAUCAGGAUAUCUUACCAAGGAGUCAAUCUGCCGAGCCGUUUCAGACAACUCACUAAAGAUUUUGGAAACCCCUGCGGAUCUUAAGGACGGCGACAUCGUCCGAGCCGUCGCCGAAUUUGAUCCCGAGCUGCAUAUCCUCUCGGCAAUUCUCAAUCACAGCCACUUCCUCCCGGUUGGCGAGGUGGUACAAGCGAUCAAACUGAUCAUGCAGAGCCUUGACGACGGACCAAAGACUGAAGCUACCACUAGACUCCUCACGAAUGGGAUCGAGGAAUCUACAGACUCGAUGGAUGUUGACAUUGCGUCUGAGCUGGAAGCCGCAGAUCAUGAAAUCAAUCGGGCGUUAUCAAUCCUUGACAAUGGCCUGGUAGUCCGCAGCAGCACUCUGCGACCCGCCCUGAUCAGGCUUCAUACGUUUCCCGGUCCAGUCAUUAGCUCUACUCUUCGCUCCACGCUUCCACGUCGCGACCUAGAGUCCCUAGUUCGACUACUCCAUCACGAAUUCAAGAACGGCGGUUGGACAUCGCCAUACGAUUUCGCGGAUUCAGAAGUGUCCCCAGUGGAACCUCCCUCAGAAGAAACUAAUGAAAGCGCCGUUACGAUCAUUGCUUCUUUGCUAAGCUGCACUUUAGAUGCCAUCGGCCCCGCUAUGUGGCUCACUGCAGUCGGCGGCUCCGCUUCAGACACUUCGACGGAAGAACUCAUCGUUAAUCUUCUUGAGGACACUUCUGUUGCCUUGAAUGGAUUUUGGGAGGCCACCUAUAUUCGUGGUCUGAUAAGCGAGCUCCUACGAUACGCCUCCAAGCUUCCGCAAUCUCAGAAACCGAGCAAAAAGACAUUGCAAAAUCAAGGCAAACCAUUUGUGCUUGACACGAAGCCGGACGAGCUGCCCAUGCUUCCUCUCGGGGCCAAGGCUGAUUUGGGUAUCGAAAAGAUGAAGGCUGGGAAGGGCGGUAAGAGUAGGGAACGCAGCGCACGCGAGAUUGGUAUGCUCAUCAGCCAACGGGUGCCCAAGUAUAGCUUCGAGAGGAUUAUCCUUUAG